UACCGCUCUCCCUCCCUCCACCGAAAGCCCGACUCAUCGCUCAACAACUAAACUCGCGUCGACAAAAAAACGAUUUUUCUGCCCCCCAAAAAAAAAAAUUGCCCCCAAAUUUUUUUGCCCCCCCGCCUCCUCACUACUCACUGGCUCUUAUGGCCUUUCACGUAGCUUGCCCAAUUACAUGGUCAGUCUCUUUGUUGUAUUACUCCUGUUGACACUCUCCGGAUUCCUUCCUUUCCUUCCUCUUUUGCUUCUCUAUCCUCUAAUCUCAUCCGUCGCCCCCUCCGCUGGGCCUCUCUUUGUUUGCAGCCUUCGAAUCUGCUCCUGCGAGCUAGGGUUUCCGCGGGAUCUGCACGGGGAGGCAUCGAAGUCCGAUUUCCUGCUCGAUGUAUCCAGAAUCGAGGAGCUAUGGAGGGAUCCCUCGCGAAUUAGGGCUUCCAACGGGGCUACCGUUCAGGUUUUGGUUCCUAAGAUUGUGCCUGCUCCUCCACCUCCUAUCCCUGUUCCUGCUGCUCCCACACCGGUUUCGGUUCCCACUCUAGCUCCCCAGCUGGCGGGAGGCGAUGGUGGGGAUGUUGAUCUUGGCGGGGAGGAUUCCGCGGCUUUGUCCGCUUCCGUGCACACAAAGCGUGUGGCGCUUCAAAAGAAGGCUGCUGCUACUGUGGUUGCUGCUGAGGAUUUCGCCCGAAGGUUCGAGUCUGGUGAAGCUGCGGUGGUCUCAAGAGACACUAAUGGAGAUGAGCAAGCACUUUCCAACACAAACACAAAGGUGAUGUGUCGAAUGUGCUUCUCUGGUGAAACAGAUGGUAGCGACAGAGCAAAAAAGAUGCUUUCUUGCAGAAGUUGUGGCAAGAAGUAUCAUAGGGGCUGUUUGAAAGCUUGGGCUCAACACAGAGAUUUAUUUCACUGGAGUUCGUGGGCUUGUCCAUCUUGCCGGACAUGUGAGAUAUGUCGAAGAACUGGAGAUCCCAAUAAGUUUAUGUUCUGCAAAAGGUGUGAUGGUGCUUACCAUUGUUACUGCCAGCAUCCGCCCCACAAGGUAAUAUUUUGUUUCUUAUGUCUUGCAGAUUGCAACAGCAGUAUGAAAUUAGUGAUGCUAUGUUUCUUUAACGGUGCAGAAUGUCAGCUCAGGACCAUAUUUGUGCUCCAAACAUACAAGGUGCCACAGUUGUGCAUCCACUGUCCCUGGAAAUGGUUUAAGUGUGAGGUAAUGUGGUUUCUGGGGUUCACAUGCUGUGAUGCUUGUGGACGAUUGUUUGUCAAGGGGAAUUAUUGCCCAGUUUGUUUAAAGGUUUAUAGAGAUUCAGAAUCAACACCAAUGGUCUGUUGUGAUAUCUGCCAACGUUGGGUGCACUGUCAUUGUGAUGGCAUAAGUGAUGAGAAGUAUCUGCAGUAUCAAGUUGAUGGUAAUCUCCAAUAUGUAUGUGCAACGUGUCGCGGAGAGUGCUAUCAGGUUAAGGAUCUCGAAGAUGCUGUUCAAGAGCUGUGGAGAAGACGUGAUGUAGCUGAUCAUGAUUUGAUUGUCAGCUUGAGGGCUGCUGCAGGAUUGCCAACUCAAGAAGAUACUUUCUCUAUAUCACCUUACUCCGAGGACGAAGAUAAUGGACCCAUAACGUCAAAGAAUGAGUUUGGGCGUUCUUUGAAGUUUUCCCUCAAAGGUGUUAUGGAUAACUCACCAAAGAAGAGCAAAGACUAUGGAAAGAAGUAUUUCAAUAGAAAGUCGAGCAAAAAUAAGAGCUCUGAGGUACACUUAUUGAGUAAGAUAGAAGCAGAUGUGGACCGAUAUGAGACACAAUCUUAUGGACAGAGUUCUGAUGAGAGAAAGCACUAUGGGUCUCAUUCUUAUAAGAAUGCUGGAUUGGUUGCACAUACUUCUCCUGUUGUUGGUGGUUUAUGUCACGCUAAUGCAACCAACUCUGUUGGUCAGCCAGGAGAUCUAAAACAGAAGCCUAUUGAUGAGGUGAUGGUUAAUGAUGGUGACAAGGGGGCAAGGAUUGUUAAGAUUAAGAGCAACAAGCCUCCUGAUAGGGAUAGUGGAGAUGAUAGUGAUAAGCAUGACAGCAAAAUGAAAUCUGUGAAAACCAAGAAGCUAGUGAUAAACCUAGGUGCACGAAAGAUAAAUGUUACUAAUUCCCCAAAGUCUGACGCUUCAAGUUGCCAAAAAGAGCAGGAUUUGCCAAAUUCAAAAGGAUGUGAAGAUGCAGGCAAUUCUAAAAUAGGCGACAGUCUGAUGGACAAAGAGAAUGGAGAUGCUAAACCUGGUAAUGGAGGCAGAGUUGACCAAUCUGGCCAAGUAAGAAUUCUGAAGUUUGCUCGAAGAGGGAGUAGUUUGAUUAAACUUGGAAAAGUGAAAGGAGCACCUGAAGGGAAUCCAAAACUCGAGCGAGAUAAUGGCUCACAUACAAGUGCUUCAUCACUUGGAUGUGCAAGUGAAGUUCCAACAUUAAAAAAUGACAAGGCGCCACAGGGGAAACAAUCUGAAAGGCCAGUUACAAAUACUGAAACCAAUGAUGAUUCUGGAGGUACAACUGCAUCACUUUCUUUGCCCAAAGAUUCAAAGUUCUCUCUGAAGUUAAAGAUUAAGAAACCUAGCCUCGAUAAUCAAAGCUCUCAAAACCCCCUACCCGAAGAAAAGGCUACCAUAAGAGGGCAGAGGUCCAAAAGGAAAAGAUCAUCAGCCUUUGCAGAGAAGGCACCACUAAAUGAAGAUAAAACUGUUGUGCAAGACAGUGAGAUGUUGGAAGCUAGUUGGAUAUUGAAAAAGUUGGGUAAUGAUGCAAUUGGGAAGCGAAUUGAAGUCCAUCAGCCAUCCGAAAGCUCAUGGAACAAGGGAGCAGUUUCCGACGUAAUUGAAGGAACAUCAAAGCUGUCUGUAACCUUGGAUGAUGGUAGAGUCCUCAGUGUUGAGCUUGGAAAGCAGGCUGUUCGAUUUGUUCCACAAAAGCAAAAGAGGUGAAUAUGGAGCACCAAAGUCCUUUCAAAACGAGUUCUUGGUGGUCCAAGAUGGAAAUGGAGCGACUCUUCCUUAUUAUUUCCGAAGAUGCCAUCUCCGUUAGCCGGAUCAUAGAGAUCGACUUUUCUUCUGGGUACCUGCCGAAUCUUUUUCACGCUGUGGAUAGGCUGUUCAGUCGCCAGGCUCUUCAUUAAUUGUUACCUUGUCCAUAUGCAGCUAGUGAUGAUCUCGAUGACUUAACUUUGUAGCAAAUAGUUCCUGUAUUGGAAUCAAAACGAUAAUACUCCAUUUAGGAAUCCAAUGUCUGUAGUAGUAACACCCUCUGUCGUGUAAUUUGUGUUUAGUAGUCAGGCACUGCUUGGAAGUUGAGUUAUUUAUUGAAUUGAGCUCGAGGGCUCACAUCUCAUACACCACUCUUUCCUAAGCAUAUCUAUUGCCGU